UUUCCGGCAGAUCCCAUCCGCUGAUAGCUAGGCCAUGUCAUAAUAGUCAUCAGUUUCCCGCUACUUCUAAACCUAAAAGGCUAAAACCCCUCUUUCCCCUACCAUUUUCUAGGGUUUUGCUUUUGCCCCCCCUCUCUCUCACUCAGUUUCUUCACUCUAAUGGAGCCAUUAAAUCAGACAUAAUCAGAUAUCUUCAACUCGAUUCAAGCAUUUGGAUUCAGUUUCCGAAAUGUCUCCUUCUGGAAUCAUCUUACUAGUUCUACUAGCAACUUUACGGGCGUCGGAAUCAGUUACUGGUCCACAUAUCGCAGAUGUAAACCUAUUAUUACCUCCUCGUAUGACUCAUCCCGUCGAGUAUCGUCUUCAAGGAACCGAUGGUUGUUUCUCAUGGUCAUGGGAUCAUCAUGAUAUUUUAUCACUAGAACCUGAGUAUAAUACUAGUACGACUCGUUGUUCAACGAGUGUACGUGUGAAAUCCAUUGCUCCAUACAGUGGUAGAAAAGAAACGGCUAUUUAUGCUACUGAUUUACGGACUGGAAUUAAUAUCCGUUGUAAGGUUUUUAUUGAUAAAAUUUCUAGGAUUCAGAUUUUUCAUAACUCUAUUAAGCUUGAUUUGGAUGGACUUGCAACGUUACGUGUACGUGCUUUUGAUGAUGAAGAAAAUGUGUUUUCCUCGCUGGUCGGGUUACAGUUUUCUUGGGGACUUAGGCCUGAAGCAAAUGAAACAGUUCAUCAUCUUGUUCACGUUCCACUGAAGGAGUCACCGUUGAGUGAUUGUGGAGGCUUUUGUGGUGAUCUUGAUACUCAAAUAACACUUGAAGACAGUGGUGUUCACUCCGACUUGUUUGCUGUGAAGGGAACUGAAAUAGGUCACGAGAUUGUUUCUGUCAAUCUAAUUGAGCCACAAUUUGAAAAUAUGGCAGAUAAGAUCUUGCUAACUGUUGCAGAAGCAAUGUCAAUCGACCCUCCAUCCCCUGUAGUAGUGGUUAUUGGUGCUUCUGUUCAUUACCAUCUUAAAGUUAUUCGUCAGAAUACACCUAAAGGAAUAGAGUUACCAUCUGCCAAUCAUCGGUGGUCUGUGGUGAAUGCUUCGGUCGCUCGAGUCGACGACAUGAUGGGCAUAGCACAUGCAAUUAAUCUGGGAACCACUACUAUUAACGUGGAAGAUACUAGAGUAGUGGGACAUGUACAAAUGUCGUCACUUCAUGUUGUCAUACCUGACAAUUUGUGUUUGUACAAAUUACCUGUAACCAGCUCCGGUGAUCCCAUUGAAGGAAUGGAAGCUGUGCCUUCAACUGUCCGCUGGUAUGUUGUCGUGGGUCGACAGUAUGCCAUUCACAUGAAGGUUUUCUCACAUAGAUCUGGUGGACAGGAAAUAUACAUUACAGAGAGGGAUGAUGUUAAAUUGCAAUACAACGAUUCUGUUCACUGGACAUCAUUUGUGGUUCCAGAAAGCAUUGCAGUGAAGCACGGGUGGCAUAAUUCUAGAAUCCUAAAAGCAACUUCUCAAGGACUGGGAAGAUUGGCUGCUAACUUAACUUAUCAUACUGGGCACACAGAAACUACUGAGGUUCUUCAGGUUGUGCAUGAAGUCAUGGUCUGCGAGCGUGUGAAGUUCAAAAUGUGGAAAAAAAACGAUUCUUCUACAACUAUACACCUUCCGUGGGCACCUGGGAUAUAUGAAGAAAUGGAACUAAGUGCAACAGGAGGCUGUGUGGAAACAACAAAUGGUUACAAGUGGUAUACAUCUGAUGCUUCCACUGUAUCUGUAUCUGCUUCCGGGGUUAUCCAGGCAAAGAAGCCUGGCCAAGUUACUGUAAAAGUGGUAUCUGUGCAUGAUUCGACAAAUUAUGACGAGGUGGCCAUUAAAGUUUCCGUUCCUUCAUCAAUGGUUAUGCUGCGAAGCUUUGCCGUGGAAUCUGUUGUAGGAACAUAUCUUCAAGCUGCAGUAACAAUGAGAGCACCCUAUGGUAGCUAUUUCGAUAGAUGUGAUUCAUUUAGCUCCUUCAUAAGGUGGACUGUUGGAAGCCAGUCUUUCGAAAUCGUCAAUACAACAGGAAAAGCAUCAGCCUUCAAGCUAUCAAAUAUUGAUGGAUACCAGUCACUUUAUAGCCCUCCAUGUGCAUGGACAUAUGUAUAUGCUUCUGGUGUCGGCCGAGCUAUUCUGCAUGCGACUUUGUCUAAAGAGUUGGAAUCUUUUGAUCAUCCAUCAGAUGAACCAGUUGUUCUGAAAGCCUCUUCAAUGAUUUCUGCUCAUCAUCCCCUUGUUGUGCAACAGGCAGGGAAUGGGAACCAGUUUGGUGGUUAUUGGGCUGAGUUGCCUACAACAGAAACUGGAUUUCAUUUGAAAGAUUUGAAUGAGUUGUAUCUUGUUCCGGGAACAGAGUUGAAUGUGAUGCUUAUUGGAGGACCUGAACAGUGGGACCAAGGUGUUGAGUAUGUUGAAAAUGUCAAAAAUAUCAACGGGGAACAACUAUCUCCUAAAGGUGGAAUCCUUGUGGACCGAGCACUCAGUAAUGGGGGUUUAUACAGAAUAUCUUGCCUGACAAUGGGAAUUCAUCAACUGGUUUUCUCACGAGGGAAUUUGAUUGGCGACGACCAUCCUCUUCCAACAAUAGAGAAAGUGGAAUUGUCCGUUACAUGUAGUGUUCCUUCAUCAAUCACACUGAUUGCCAACGAACCAGUAAAUACACCUGAGCUCAUAUCUUCUGCGGCUCAAGAUGAUCGGACCCCAGACAGAAUCCGUGCUACACCUAUUACUGUGGCAAACGGAUGCACUAUUCGAGUUGCUGCUGUUGGCUUACAUAGCUCUGGAAAGGCGUUUGUAAACUCAUCAUCUCUUGGCCUUAACUGGGAAAUGAGUAGUUGCGAUGGGCUAGCUCUUUGGGAUGCUAUCACUGUAGAGAGAUACAGGACCACCUCCAGUUGGGAGAGGUUUUUGGUUUUGCAGAACUCGUCAGGGCUGUGCAUCGUCCGUGCUACUGUUAUUGGUUUUUCUGAUACCACGAGUGUUCAUCUUCGCGGGAGGGCUUCUUUAUUGCUAGAAGAAAAGUCAAAGAACCUUCUCACUGACGCCAUACGUUUACAGCUUGUUUCUUCUCUGCGGGUAGUUCCAGAGUCCAUCUUAUUAUUGUUCAACCCGGAAGCAAAGGCAACACUGUUAAUUACUGGAGGGACAUGUUCCCUACAUGCUGUUGUCAAUGAUACUCGAGUUGCAGAAGUAAUUCAACCCCCAAAUUUGGAAUGCUCACAACUGCUAGUUGAUCCCAGAGGGCUGGGAACUGCACUUAUUACUGUUGAUGAUGUUGGACUUGCUCAUCUGACAGCCUCUGCCAGGGUGCGUGUUGCAGAUGUAGAUUGGAUCAAGAUCAUCGCAAAAGAAGAGAUAUUCCUUUUGGUUGGGAGUGCACAGUCAUUUAAUAUCUUAGCAGGUCUUCACGAUGGAACUGUAUUUGAUUCCUCUCAGUAUGUUUACAUGAGUAUUCAUGUUCAUUUUGAGGAUCCCAUACUGGAGCUUCUCAGCAUCAAUGCCUCAAAUUCUGGUGAGAGUUACAUCUAUGGGCCAGGUUUUGCAAUUCAAGCCAAUAGUAUUGGGGUUACUACUAUAUAUGUCAGUGCUAGACAACGAUCUGGACAUGAAGUAUACAGCGAUCCUGUUAGAGUGGAAGUCUAUGCACCACCGAGGAUACAUCCUAAUCAUAUUUUCCUCGCUCCAGGUGCAUCGUACAAGCUUACCGUGAAAGGGGGCCCAAGUAUCGGAGUGUACGCCGGGUAUACAUUGGACGAUGAGACUAUAGCAGAUAUUCAGAAAACUUCAGGACGAAUUCGAGCAAUAUCUCCAGGAAAUGGUAGCAUACAUGUCAAUUUUUUUGGGAAAGGAAGUAGUUUUAUUUGCCAGGCAUAUGGAAGUAUUGAAGUAGGGAUUCCGUCCUCUAUGAUGUUGAGUCCACAAAGUGAGCAGCUUAAUGUUGGUCGUGAAAUGCCAAUAUUCCCUUCUUUCACUGAGGGCAAUUUAUUUUCCUUCUAUGAGCUCUGCAAGGAUUAUAAAUGGAGUAUAGAGGAUGAACAGGUGCUGAGCUAUCGAAGUGCUGAGCACUCUCAUAAAACUCUUGUUUCUGGUGCUUUGGAUACCAUGUACCCAAGUUACUCAGACAGAAAAGAUCUUGGGUUUAUUAAUGUAGUGUAUGGAAGGUCUUCAGGCAAAACAAAUGUUGCUGUUUCAUUCUCUUGUGAUUUUACCUCAGAGUCCUUCUCACUGUCAAAGAUGUAUACUGCUUCUGCAUCCUUGUGGGUGGUUUCUUAUCCUCCUCUUUCUCUUGGUGUGCCGAUAACCUGGAUUCUCCCACCUUUUUACACGACGUCGAAUCUCUUGCCUGAAUCCUAUAACCAAGGGGACUCUCAAGGCCGUAAAGGAACUGUUAUUUAUACCUUGAUGAGAAGUUGUGGAGGGAAGAAUGGAGAAAUACACAAAGAUGCUAUUUCUAUUGAAGGGGCUAGGAUAAAAACAAGUGAUAGUGGCGAUCUUGGUUGCAUUCAAGCAAAGGAUCGCUUGACUGGAAGAGCUGAAAUUGCAUCUUGUGUAAGGGUUGCUGAGGUAGCUCAAGUUAGAGUAACAUCUAAAGAGUUCGCUUUCUAUGUGGCUGACCUAGCUGUUGGUGCUGAGCUUGAUCUUCUUGUACAUUAUCAUGAUGCUCUAGGAAACCCAUUUCAUGAAGCUUACGAUGCGGUUCAAAUUGAUGCUGAUACUAAUUAUCCUGAAGUUGUUUCCAUUAAUAGCACCCGUGACAGUUUCGGAAAUAUUCGUUUGAAGGCGACGCGCCAUGGUAGAGCUCUUCUACGAAUAUCGAUGAGCAAUAAUCAGCAAAAGUCGGAUUACUUCAUGGUUUCUGUUGGUGCCCAUUUAUUUCCUCAGAAUCCAGUCUUGUAUGUGGGUCGCUAUAUUAACUUCAGUGUAGGAGGGUCGGACAAUGUAGUACCCGGUCGCUGGUUAAGUGCCAGUGAUAAUGUUGUAUCUAUUGAUAUGCUCUCCGGGGAAGCGCUUGCUCGUGGGGAAGGUACCACUCAAGUAAUAUUUGAAGGUUCGAAUCUGAAACUGCAAACAGCUGUUACAGUGCAAAAAGUUGACGUGGUUUUGGUUGAUUCUCCAGAAGAAACCUUAACAAACAUCCCUUUCCCCACAAAAGGAUAUUACUUCUCCAUUAGGUUCAGUGACCCGUCUGGACAGAACUUCGAAUCUUUUAGUAGCAGUAAGGGAGUCAAUUAUGAUUGCAGGGUAGACCCACCUUAUAUUGGUUAUGCAAAACCAUGGAGAGACCUUGAUCUUGGUGUUACAUAUUGCCUCUUUUUCCCUUACUCACCGGAACACUUGGCACGGUCGAUACCCAAGUCAAAGACCAUGAGACCAGAUAUAUCUCUUUCUAUCACUGCUUCAAUGAAAGAAUUGGCACAUGUAUCAGGUUCUUCAACUGCACUUUUUAUUGGGGGAUUCUCAGUACUGGAAAUGGACAAGGAUCUUCUGCGGUUGAAUUUGACGCCAGUAUCCAACAAGAGUAUGAUAACGAUUGUGGGGAACACAGACGUUGACAUCUAUUGGCAAAAGAGGGACUUGAUGAGUGUGACCCCCGUUAUAGUAUAUGAGUACGGGAUGGGUGGGCAGGCGGAAUAUGAGGUCAAAGCGUUAAGAGCUACAAGGUUCAAAGACAAAAUCAUCAUCACACUCCCAGCUACUGGUCAAAGAGUGGAAGUAGAUGUCGGUUUUGAACCUGGAGAAACACGUUUAUCAUCAAGGAGUAAUUUUGCGCUUUGGGCCAGUAUUUUUGGGGUUGUUACUUUGUUCACGAGUUUGCUCAUCUACAAGAAAUUUCUUAACCAACCUGCAACGUCAAGGCCAACAUCUGCUGCUCCGCGAGCCACGCCUAUAAGACACACAGUCACGCCUGACCGUAACCGUAGUGUACAACAGCAAUCCCCUCGGACUCCCGAGGUUUUCCUAGAGUAUGUUAGAGAUACAAUAGACAAAACACCUUACUAUAAGCGUGAUGCAGUUCGAAGGCGUAAUCCACAGAAUACUUUUUAAAUCUAACACCAACUGUGGAUGCUGCCCUUGUUUAUUGUAUGAGCUGUCUGUUGACAGUCCGUGAGUGCCGAGGCUCAUUUUCCUGUAAUUUUUUUAUCUGGAAAGUGGGUUCAUGUAUUAAAUAUAAAGUUUUGUAAUCACCCAAGCAUAAUAACUAUUCAAUCUUGUACCAUAAUAACUAUUCAAUCUUUUGGAUUCACAAUACA